AUGGAGGCCUAAAACUUCCUAUAAAUUGAUAACAAAGAGAGUGAGCAUCAUAUACAGAAGGAGUUUAUUGCUUUUAUUGCCAAAUUCGGUAAAACCUAUUCAAGCAAGGAUGCUCACCAGACAAAGUACGAAGUUUUCAAGUAAAAUUACAAAAAGAUGCAAGAACAUAAUGAUUAAUAAAAAGGCUAUGAACUUGGCAUCAACAAAUUUUCAGACAUGACUGAAGAAGAAUUCCUGAGUGUUUUUGCCAAACUUAAAGAGGAUAAUGACGAAAUAGAGCACUUGAAAAAUCGCAAGUAUAAACUAGAAGCUAGACCUCACCAUUUCAAUACUAAUUCUAAAAACGAAACUUAAGAAAAUCCAAAUGUAGAAAUCCCCAAAGAAAUAUAGAUCUAGCCGGUAAACAAAGAUAGAUAUCAUUGCAAUCAUGAUGAAGAAAGCCAUUAUUUCUUUAACUAUAAUGACUACGACUAUAUAGACAGUCUUCCAAAAUGUAAAUCUGCUGAUUGGAUUAAAAAGGGAAUGGUUGGCAUCCCAAAAGAUCAAAGUACUUGUGGAUCUUGCUGGGCACAUUCUGCACUCGCCUCCAUUGAGACACUAUAUGCUCAAGAAAAUCAAAUAAAAGAAAGAGAAUAAGUGCCCUCAUUUUCAGAGUAGCAAUUAGUUGAUUGCAACUUCCUACCUAAUCUUGGCUGCAUUGGUGGCAGAAGACAGUUUGCUUUUAAUUACACUAUGACAGAAGGUCUCACUUUAGCUUAGUAUUAUCCCUAUAAGAAUAGACAAGGAGAAUGCUAAUAUAAUGCUUAAGAGAACAAAACUUAUCAAAUUGAUGCCUUUAAAGUUUAUGAAAAAAUCAAUAAUGAAGAUAUGGAAAAAUUAGUGUGCUAGGGAACUGUUUCAAUCUCAAUAAGAAUUAAUGACUGUAUCAAGAGCUACAAAUCUGGAAUUCUGCACGAUAACGAUGGCAGCUGUGGAUGUUCAAAGGUUAAAUCCGGCAAUCACGCAGUGGCCAUAGUUGGAUUUGGUACAGACGAAAAUGCUGUAGGCUGUAAAGACUAUUGGAUUAUUAAGAAUUCUUGGGGUCCUAAAUGGGGAGAAGAUGGAUUCUUUAGACUCUGCAGAGAAGAUAAAUAAAUAGAGAAUGGUACUUGCAACAUCAGGCAAGAGCCAAUGAUUGCUAUUAGAAAGAACGUUCCUAUUCAGUGA